AUGCUGAUGCUGGUGAUACUGAGGUAUGGGCCGGCGCAAAUUUGGUACGAUGCAAUGAAUGUUCCACCGAACCCUUCGCAUUUUGAUUAUGGUUUUAAACUGAAACGUGAUCAACCAUCACGAAGAAGGAGUUCGAUAAAGGAGGAGAAAAAUGAGAAAAGUGAGGAUGAGACAGCGAAAGAAGAAAUCGGUCCUGGAUUGGCUUCGUGCAAACCAUUUCCUCCCGAAACAUUCCUCCCUGUUAAUUUAGUUCGAUGGGAAGACGAUAUUAUUUUCGAUGAGGAGCAAGCAAGGCAGCAGGUACUUUUAAACUUUGUUGAAAUAAACCUUUUUCAUGGAAUUUAA